GUCAAAUCGUUUGUUUCUGCGUUUUAAAACAUUUUUAUGCAUAGGUUUGAUAUUGUAUGAUUUAUAAAAUUUUGGGAUGCAGAUUCUUCUAUGCCUCUAGUGCUUGUAUCUACCCUGAAUUCAAGCAGUUGGAAACUAAUGUGAGCCUGAAGGAGUCUGAUGCGUGGCCAGCUGAGCCUCAAGAUGCUUAUGGCUUGGAGAAGCUUGCAAGUGAGGAGUUGUGCAAGCACUAUACAAAGGACCUUGGUAUUGAAUGCCGAAUAGGGCGUUUCCAUAACAUUUAUGGCCCAUUUGGCACAUGGAAGGGAUUUGGUUAUGAAUUCGUCACAAACAGAGAUGAACGAUAAUUCAAAGCAUAAGAGGAAAAAUUU